CUCCACUGAGCGGUGGAGGCUGCUGGCGCGGAGGGUUGGGAUCGCUGCGAGCCCGCAGGUAGGGGGAGCGGUUCGUGGAUGCCCGGCAAGCGAGGCAUGGGCCCGCCCUCUGCCUCUCAUCCUUCUUGUGGCGGGAACUGUCGGUCAGCCGUCCGGGUCCCAGCCCGCAGGUCUUGUCCUCAGGUCUCGAUAGAUAACGUAUAUCAUCAGUAGAAAAGCUUCCUGAAAGAAGAAAUGGUUCAAAAGAAAUUUGAAAGUAGCAAAAGUAUAAGACAAAGAUAAUUGACAGCAGAUACAGAGGACAGCAUGGGAAUUUUACUUCAUUCAUUUAUUUAAUGAAUUCAUUCAGAAAAAACUCUGUUGAAUGCCUACUCUUGCCAGGUAUUGUCCUGGGCAACAGAACACAGCAGUGAACAAAAUUGACUCUCCUGCCCAUAUGCAGCCACAACUGAUGAUGUCUUCCAGUUUCAAAGUACUUAGAGUUGGCAUCUCUUUUGUCAUGAUGUGCAUUUUUUAUAUGUCAGCAGUAGACUCUCUACCAGAGCUGAGUCCUCAGAAAUUCUUCAGUACAUUGCAACCAGGAAAAGCUACCUUAGCUUAUUUUUGUCAAGCUGAUUCUCCAAGUACCUCUAUAUUUCUUGAAGAACUGAAUGAGGCUGAUAAACCUCUCCAGGACUAUGGAAUUUCAGUCACAAAGGUUAAUUGCGUCACAGAAGAAACAUCGAGAUACUGUGGAAGCGAAAAGGAUUUGAUGAAAGCAUAUUUAUUCAGGGGUCACAUAUUACUCAGAGAAUUCCCAACCGAUACCUUGUUCGAUGUGGAUGCCAUCGUUGCUCAUGUUCUCUUUGCUCUUCUUUUUAAUGAAGUAAAAUAUAUUACCACUCUGGAAGACCUUCAGAACACAGAAAAUGCUCUGAAAGGAAAAGCAAACAUUGCAUUCUCAUAUGUCAGAGCCAUUGGAACACCAGAGCACAGAGCAGUCAUGGAAGCUGCUUUUGUGUAUGGGACCACGUACCAAUUUGUCUUAACCACAGAAAUUGCCCUUUUGGAAAGUACUGGCACUGAAGAUAUAGAAUACGCACAUCUCUAUUUUUUUCAUUGUAAACCAGUCUUGGACUUGACCCAGCAAUGCAGGAGAACACUAAUGGAACAGUCAUUGACUACACUGAACAUUCAUCGUUUUAUUAAGACAAUGGAAGCACCUCUGCUGACUGAAGUUGCUGAAGAUCCUCAACAAGUUUCAACUGUUCAUCUUCAACUAGGAUUACCACUGGUUUUUAUUGUUAGUCAACAAGCUACAUAUGAAGCUGAUAGAACAACUGCAGAAUGGGUUGCUUGGCGUCUUCUGGGAAAAGCAGGAGUUCUGCUCUUGUUAAGGGACUCUUUGGAAGUGGACAUUCCUCAGAAUGCUAAUGUGGUCUUCAAAAGAGCAGAAGAGGGAGUGCCAGUGGAAUUUUUGGUGUUAAAUAAUAUUGAUUUAAUCGUAUCCCGUGUGGAAAGUAAUAUGCACAUUGAGGAAAUGCACGAAGAUGAAGACAAUGACAUUGAAGGUCCAGAUAUGGAUAUUCAAGAUGAUGAAGUAGCAGAAACUGUUUACAGAGACAGGAAGAGACAGUUACCUUUGGAACUCACAGUGGAGCUAACAGAAGAGACAUUUAAUGCGACAGUAACAGCUUCUGACAGCAUAGUGCUUUUCUAUGCUGGUUGGCAAGCAGUAUCCAUGGCAUUUCUGCAGUCCUAUAUCGAUGUGGCAAUUAAGUUGAAAGGCACCUCUACUAUGCUGCUUACUAGAGUAAACUGUGCAGAUUGGUCUCAUGUAUGUGCCAAGCAAAAUGUUACUGAAUUUCCUGUUGUAAAGAUGUACAAGGAAGGCGAGAACCCGGUAUCUUAUGCUGGUAUGCUAGGAACUGAAGAUCUCCUAAAAUUUAUCCAGCUCAACAGGAUUUCAUGCCCAGUGAACAUUACAUCUGUCCAAGAAGCAGAAGAAUAUUUAAGUGGGAAAUUACAUAAAGACCUGAUCUCCUAUUCUAGCGUGUCAGUACUGGGGCUGUUUAGUCCAACUAUGACAACAGAAAAAGAAGAGUUCACUGAAGCAGGAAACUACCUAAAAGGAUGCGUUAUCACAGGAAUUUAUUCUGAAGAAGAUGUUUUGACACUGUCAAAUAAAUAUGCUGUAACUCUUCCAGCCCUGCUGCUUGCCAGACACAAAGAAGGCAAAAUUGAGAGCAUUUCAUUAGCUAAUGUCCAUACUCAAGAAAUAGUUCAAAUAAUAACAAAUGCAUCACUGGAAACAUUUCCAGAAAUCACUGUGGAAAAUCUUCCCACUUAUUUAAGACUUCAGAAACCAUUACUCAUUUUAUUCAGUGAUGGCAGCAUAAAUUCUCAGCAUAAAAAAGCAAUAUUGAUGCUGGUAAAAGAGAAACACUUGGAUUCACUUACCCCUUGCUGGUUAAAUCUGAAGAAUACUCCCGUGGGGAGAGGAAUCUUGCAGGCAUAUUUUGAUACCCUACCUCCCCUUCCUCUUCUUGCUGUGGUAAAUCUGCAUUCAGGCGGCCAAGUAUUUGCAUUUCCUUCAGACCAGGCUAUCACUGAACAGAACCUUUUAUUGUGGCUUAAAAAAUUAGAAGCAGGACUAGAAAGUCAUAUCAAAAUUUUACCUGCUCAGAAAUGGAAACCUCCUCUGCCUGCUUAUGAUUUUCUAAGUAUGAUGGAUGCUGCAACAUCUCAGCAUCCUACUAGGAAAGUUCCUGAGUGUAUAAAAGAAACUGAUGUGCAGGAAAAUGAUAAAGAACAGCCUGAAGAUAAAUCAGCAAUCAGAAAUGAACCUACUGGAACACUGAGAACAAAGCAUUGGAAUAGAAGUAAUUGGUUUGAAGAAGCCAAAAAACAAUACAGGCAUGAUAAUAAAGAAUUAUGAUGCUCAAAAGCCAGCUAAUUUCAUAGGGCUGUGGAAAGCUUUCUGAAGUCUUUUUAGCUUACUUGAUAGACUUAAGAAUUUAUUUCAUUAAAAAGUAAUACUAUCUCACCACUAUUAUUCAACAUAGUUUUGGAACUUUUAGCCACAGCAAUCAGAGAAGAAAAAGAAAUAAAAGGAAGCCAAAUCGGAAAAGAAGAAGUAAAGCGGUCACUGUUUGCAGAUGACAUGAUACUAUACAUAGAGAAUCCUAAAGAUGCUACCAGAAAACUACUAGAGCUAAUCAACGAAUUUGGUAAAGUAGCAGGAUACAAAAUUAAUGCACAGAAUCUCUUGCAUUCCUAUACACUAAUGAUGAAAAAUCUGAAAGUGAAAUUAAGAAAACAUUCCCAUUUACCACUGCAACAAAAAGAAUAAAAUAUCUAGAAAUAAACCUAUCUACAGAGACAAAAGACCUGUAGGAAGAAAAUUAUAAGACACUGAUGAAAGAAAUUAAAGAUGAUACACAUAGAUGGAGAGAUAUACCAUGUUCUUGGAUUGGAAGAAUCAACAUUGUGAAAAUGACUCUACUACCCAAAGCAAUCUACAGAUUCAAUGCAAUCCCUAUCAAACUACCACUGGCAUUUUUCACAGAACUAGAACAAAAAAUUUCACAAUUUGUAUGGAAACACAAAGACCCCGAAUAGCCGAAGCAAUCUUUUUUUUUUUUUUUUUUUUUUUGCGGUAUGCGGGCCUCUCACUGUUGUGGCCUCCCCCGUUGCGGAGCACAGGCUCCGGACACGCAGGCUCCGGACGCGCAGGCUCAGCGGCCAUGGCUCACGGGCCCAGCCGCUCCGCGGCAUAUGGGAUCCUCCCAGACCGGGGCACGAACCCGUAUCCCCUGCAUCGGCAGGCGGACUCUCAACCACUUGCGCCACCAGGGAGGCCCCGAAGCAAUCUUGAGAAAGAAAAAUGGAGCUGGAGGAAUCAGGCUCCCUGAUUGCAGACUAUUCUACAAAGCUACAGUAAUCAAGACAGUAUGGUACUGGCACAAAAACAGAAGUAUAGAUUAAUGGAACUGAUAGAAAGCCCAGAGAUAAACCCACACACAUAUGGUUACCUUAUUUUUGAUAAAGAAGGCAAGAAUAUACAAUGGAGAAAAGUCCACCUCUUCAAUAAGUGGUGCUGGGAAAACUGGACAGCUACAUGUAAAAGAAUGAAAUUAGAACACUCCCUAACACCAUACACAAAAAUAAACUCAAAAUGGAUUAAAGACCUAAAUGUAAGGCCAGACACUAUAAAACUCAGAGGAAAACAUAGGCAGAACAUUCUGUAACAUAAAUCACAGCAUGAUCCCUUUUGACCCACCUCCUAGAGAAAUGGAAAUAAAAAUAAACAAAUGGGACCUGAUGAAAAUUAAAAGCUUUUGCACAGCAAAGGAAACCAUAAGACGAAAAGACAACCCUCAGAAUGGGAGAAAAUAGUUGCAAAUGAAGCAACUGACACAGGAUUGAUCUCCAAAAUUUACAAGCAGCUCAAUAUCAAAAAAAGACCCAAUCCAAAAAUGGUCAGAAGACCUAAAUAGACAUUUCUCCAAAGAAGAUAUACAGAUUGCCAACAAAUACAUGAAAGAAUGCUCAACAUCAUUAAUCAUUAGAAAAAUGCAAAUCAAAACUACAAUGAGAUAUCAUCUCACACCAGUCAGAAUGGCCAUCAUCAAAAAACCUAGAAACAAUAAAUGCUGGAGAGGGUGUGGAGAAAAGGGAAUCCUCUUGCACUGUUGGUGGGAAUGUAAACUGAUACAGCCACUAUGGAGAACAGUAUGGAGGUUCCUUAAAAAACUAAAAAUAGAACUACCAUACAACCCAGGAAUCCCACUACUGAGCAUAUACCCUGAGAAAACCAUAAUUCAAGAAGAGUCAUGUACCAAAAUGUUCAUUGCAGCUCUAUUUACAAUAGCCAGGAUGUGGAAGCAACCUAAGUGUCCAUCGCCAGAUGAAUGGAUAAAGAAGAUGUGACACAUAUACAAUGGAAUAUUACCCAGCCAUAAAAAGAAACGAAAUUGAGUUAUUUGUAGCGAGGUGGAUGGACCUAGAGUCUGUUAUACAGAGUGAAGUAAGUCAGAAAGAGAAAAACAAAUAUUGUAUGCUAACACAUAUAUAUGGAAUCUAAGAGAAAAAAAAAAGGUCAUGAAGAACCUAGGGGCAAGAUGGGAAUAAAGACACAGACCUACUAGAGAAUGGGCUUGAGGAUACGGGGAGGGGGAAGGGUAAGCUGGGACAAAGUGAGAGAGUGGCAUGGACAUAUAUAUACUACCAAAUGUAAAAUAGAUAGUGGUAAGCAGCCGCAUAGCACAGGGAGAUCAGCUCUGUGCUUUU